GUUGCAGACAGGGUUGUUAAUAAUGAGGUAAGCUAAAAAGUAUUUGCUUGCGAAAUACGCAUGUUUGUUUUAAAUAUUAACCAAUUAUUGCUUUGCGAAAUAUAAAUGGGUUUUUCUAAAAAUAAAAAGCCACGUGAAAAUAUAUUAUGAAAUUACAGAAAUUCAGAGAGUCGCAUUAUUGAUUCCAGUUAACAAUUUAUUUGAAAGAAAUUUGCAUAUAAUACUAUUUUGUAAUAAGUUCUUAUGUAGUCUCUUGAAACUGUCAGUGGUGUAACAAUCUUAAAGGUAAAUAUUUUCACACUUGUUUCAUGCAAUAUGUCAGUGUCCUCACAUUAUUAUUAUUUCCUAUUUUCAAAUAUGAGUAAACAAGACUAGUUACCACUAGUAAUGUGGUAAUACUGUAAAUAAACUGUAGAUAAUAACACUGAUCAAUGUGACACCUGUGGAUGUGAAAUGAACACAAGAUGUAAAUAUUAGUGACUAAAUACUGUUGGGACUGAACCAUAUACAGUGAUUCAUUAGGAUAAUUGGGUUAUGUAUGUUCUAUUAAUGAUGUUUUCAGGUCUUUAAAUACUAAAAUAUUUUCUUCAAAUGGUGCUGUCUUUGUUCAUUUUAGCAUGUUAAAUUGGUGAAAAACCAGGAGCUUCGGGGGGCGUUGGCCUUCGUCCCCCAGACACCCGGAAUUUUUUUUUGUCUUUUUCAUUGUAGUCAAAUCACAUGCCUGCAAGUUGCACUUGUGCACACAUAAGUUAAGGAGAGAAAAUUAAGUAAGGAAGACAUGACAAGAAAGUUGUGACGUCCUAUUUCUGUCAUGUCGCCUUGCUCGUUCUCUCCUCCACAGAUGGGCGUGCGGCUGGCAGAGAAUCUGGGCACACCAGACACUAAUUAGGUUAUCUGCUGAGUGCUUCCUGCUGGCAAACACUGAGUCGUCUCCUUGCAAACCCCCUGCCCACCAUGCAGUCUGCAAGAGGAUCAGCCUACCUGCUUCAGAGCCUUCCCAGGUGUAAGGUCUGCCCAGCUUCUCUAGCCGAGCCAAGCCAGGAGAAAUGUUUUUUGUGUUUUUCUGUCCUGUUUACCAGACCUCGUUAAAGAAGAAUUGAGCUGUUUGUACGUCUCCGCAAUACUGAGAGCCACACCCAACGCUUCUGGUGGUCUACGCUGAGAGCAGAUACUAAGGUGUUUGUGGCUGAUCAUCCCGAAGUAUGAACACAUCCAGUGGGUCAGAGUCGUCCGACCGGCGGGGACACGGACCCCAGGGGCGUGAGUCCCACCGCAGAGCCGGACGGGAAAGAGGCAGAGCCAGUGGUCGUGAAGCUGACAUUUCUGAGAAGAUCAACACACUUUUUGACACUUUGCAGGACACCAACAGGAAUUUGACCAAGGUGGACCAUAUGCUGGGCCAGUACAAGGAGUACAGAGACGAUCAGGCCGAGGCCAUGGCUGUGCUUCGGGGUAACCUGGAGGAGUCCAUCAGCCAGCUGCAGGCGCAGAGGUUGAGCAGAACCGACGCUCACAGUGCCUCCGCCUCCAGCCUACAUUCCAGCGACCUGGACGCUCGCACCGGAUCAGAUGGUCAACACCUGCACCCAACUUCUCCACUGAGGGACUACACGGGAACGCCGGGGAGGAGGAGGAGGACGAGGUCUCACUCUGCCAAUGUUCGCUUCAAAAAUAGCAACGUGUCUGGAGACGAUAUCCACACUUUGCAUCAGUCCUUGAGGGAUCUGCGAUGUGACCAACAGAGACUGUCUGUGGACCUGGAUCAAGAAAUCCACCGGAGAAACAGGUGUGACGUUGACACCAGGAGAAAAAUAGAAAGCCUCUCAGAACACAUGACCACGACGCAGCGGCUCGAUUCUAAUGGGGAGAGACACAACGAGAGAGGAGACGCCAUGACGUCCAGACUACACAAUGCAGACCGAGAGAAGUUGAAGACGGAGCAGGAACUGGAGAAAGCUAGAAGACUUCUAGGACAGUCAGAGGACAGCCGAGAGUCCCUUCUUCAACAGGUGGAGGACAUGCGAGGUGAGCUACAAAGGACCAGGAAGGAGAAGACCGAGCUUCAAAGGGUCUGGCUGCAUCCUCCUCAGCCCACUCAUGGACACUAUACUGCAAAGGACGAGGGAAGGUUACGAGGUACUGAAUGUGCAGAUGGUUUGGAUCUGGAAAAUGAGGUAGCAGAAUUACGAGCUCAGCUGCGACAGACCUCGUCCAACAGUGAGAUAGAAGAACUGAAGAAGGCUGUUGAGCGCAAGGAGAGAGAGCGAGUACAGCUGAGUUUACAAUUGGAGGGUUUGUCUGCAGACCUGGCACGGCGGGAGCAACAGCAGGUGCGGAUGCUCGAACAACUGAGGGACAUGCAGAGUCGAGGGCAGGCAGAGAAGACUGAGACUGAGGCGUUACUCCAGGAGAGCACAAGAAGCAGAGAUGAACUGAAGACCAGGGCCCAGAAGGCCGUGCGCCAAUGGAGGGCAAAGUGCACUCGACAGCAGAAGGAGCUGGAGGAGGCUCGGGUCCACGUUCAGCUGCACAGUGACAAGGCAGCACAGGUAGCCAAAGAGAAGGACAGCGCCCAGACUCAGCUGAAGGCACUGAGCCAGCAGGCCGAGGCCUCCCACAGGGAGCUGGCUGAAAACCUGCGACGCUUGGCCCAGCGUGAAGAGGAGCUGCACCGCAAGGAUGUGGAGCUGUCUGAGACCUGCCAGCGCCAGUUGGCUCUGGAGCAGGAAAUCCGAGAGGUGAAAGAGGCCUCAACCGUCCUUCAGACGGAGGCUCGGCGUCAGUCCGACAUCCAGGCAAGACUGAGAGAACAUAACCAAAUACUCGUAGAAAAAGUCGACGCGCAAACCCGCAUCUGUCAGAGAGAGCAGAAAAAGCAGGCUGAACUCCAGAUCACGCUCAAUCAGAUGGCCCCGGCCCAUGCCCAGCUAGCCCAGCGCUUGGCGGAAGAGGAGGUUUCCAAGAAGGACUUCCAGAAGGUGGCGUUGGAAUGGCAAGCCAAGCUGGCUGUGGCUCAGGAAGAACGGGACGCACUAAGGCAACAGCUGCAGCUGGAUAGAGAGGUGCAUCAAAAAGAGGUGGACCACCUGAAGGCCGUGAUUGAGGAGGGCAGGACAAAGAACAAGGACAUGCAGGACAUAGUCCGGGUUUGCCGCCAGGAACGGGAAGAAAUCCAGGCACAGCUAAAUAACUUUAAGGCAGGUGCAACGUCCGACAAGAAGUUGUGCCAGGCGCUGAGUGUCAAGCUGGACAGGAUGAAAGAUGAAUGUGAUAAGAUGGCUGCACAGCUGAGCACUAAAGAGGAUGCGCACGCACUCCUCCACAAAAAGUUCCAACUACUCAAACUCAAACUGGAUGAAAUGAGUUCAAACGAAGGAAGACGUGUCUCGGUUUCAGAGCUUGUUAGACUGGAAGAGAAGCUGGCACAAAUGGAGGCAGAACAUGAGGCAACUCUGUCCACCGUUGGUGAUGAACUAGAUGUAGUGCUCCAUGGCCUCUGCAGGAAUAGUGAAGACAACUUACAGGCAACCAAGAAAUCUGGAUUAGUCAAAGACCCCUCCCUUUGGCUAGCAGACACAAAGGCCAAGCUUCGCUGGCUACGUGAGGAGGCGCAGGAGCGUGCCGCAAGAGAAGAGCGAGUAAGCGGGCCGAGCCUGCACAACAGGGAUCAGCUGAAAGCGCUCGGGCACACCCGGGACGCAGACCAACACUUUCUCCUGCAGCGUCUGGAGCAACAGGAGAAGCUGCUGCGCUCAAUCAGCACUGAAAAAAAAGAACUGUUGGAGGGAAGUCGCAAAAAGGAUGAAGAAAUGAAGAGCAUAAAGGAUCGUGUUUUGGAUCUCGAGAUGAGCACAAGAGCAGCAAUGGAAUACUGGAAAUCCUCGACAGAAAAACAGUAUCUGACGGACAAUUUUAAGGACUUAGAGGAGUCCCAACGGCAGAAGGACGUGGUUGAUCGGUGCUAUACCAAACACAAAGAAAUAGUCUGGACCUGCAGCACCAGCUCGAUGAGUUCCGAGCGCAAAAUCCAGGAGUACAGAGAGGACAAACUGGAUGCGUCUUCCAGGAGUAUGAGACUUGCUGCUCUGUCUUCCUCCAUCAAGAGCCCCAACACCUUCUUCAACACCUCUGUGAGAUCCGACACAAUGUCGCCCCACAAACGGCUGACCAGUUCCGACCUGGACGACUACGAAGUCAACGUGGCCAAAUUCCUCACAGAUCGUCCACAGCUCAACCACGAGUGAACUUUUUGGGGGGUUUGUCCACACGCACUGAACACACUCUUAGAGGAACUAAAGGGAAACUAGACUGUUCUUGGACCUCGACUACCUCAGACACACAACCACAGGUCGUGCCAACACAAAACUGAUAUUACCAAUUUAAAUAAGGUAAGUUAUUCAUGCCGAUAUUUGAAGUUACACUAACAACUUUCUUUUUAAUUUUUAUAAACAAAUGUCAAAAUAUUGUUUGAGCACAGACGUCUCCUUUUUUGAACUGUGAAAAAAGGAAUAUGCACUACUAAUAAAUCUUUCUCCUAGAACCUUUCAUUGGAGAGACAG